AUGCAUCGCUCGGUUGCCAAGCUGCUCGCCUCGCUCCUCGCCACGGUCGCCAUCUUCUCCAUCGCCGCCCAUGCCCGGCAGCCCCAGCCAGCCCAUGCGGCUGGCGCGAGCUGCUUGCCGCACGAGAGGGACGCACUGCUGGCCAUCAAGCAAGCCGUCAACGACACCGACGACGUCCUCGCCUCGUGGCAAAGACGGCACAAACAUUGUUGCCGCUGGUGGGGCGUGACCUGCAGCAACGAAACCGGCCAUGUGAUCGAGCUUGACUUUGGUGGCACCGAUUUGGACGGCAAGAUAAGUCCUUCCCUGGUUUCUCUCGAGCAUCUACAGUACCUGAGUCUUAGCAACACCAACCUACUUGGACCAGACGGUACUUCUUUGUUCCCAGAAUUCUUGUGUUCUUUAAGCAACUUGAGGCACCUCGAUUACCUCGAUCUCUCAGAUACACACUUCUCCGGUAGAUUGCCUGCUCAGCUUGCCAACCUUUCGAAUUUGGAGUACCUCGAUCUCUCAUGGACACCAUUCUCUGGUAGAUUGCCUGCUCAGCUUGCUAACCUUUUAAAUUUGGAGUACCUUGGUCUGUCAAUCACACAAUUUUCUGGUAGAUUCCCUGCUCAGUUUUUCAGCCUUUCAAAGUUGGAGUAUCUCGACCUCUCUGGCACUAGCAUGUCGGGUAUACUGAGGCCUCAGCUUGGAAACCUUUCAAACUUGCGACAGCUUGACCUCAGUUCCAUGCAAGAUACACCCACAUCAGAUAUCUCAUGGUUAACUCAUCUCCAUUUCCUAGAAUAUGUUGACAUGAGUUAUAUGAAUCUCAGCAGCGCGGAUGUGUUUCUCGUGGCCAACACAAGCACAUCUCUGAAGACCCUUAUUCUUAUCAAUUGCUCGCUUCCAAAUGCAAACCAGUCGCUUACACACGUAAACCUCACAAAACUAGAGGAGCUUGAUCUCUCCGGAAACUAUUUGGGCCACCGAAUCGAAACGUGUUGGUUCUGGAACCUAACAAGCAUCAAGGAGCUAGGACUCGAUUCAACCUAUCUUUAUGGUCCAUUCCCUGAUGCGCUAGGAGGUAUGACGUCCCUCCGACAACUCCAUUUUACAAAUAACGGUAAUUUAGCCACAAUGACGGUGGACUUGAAAAAUCUAUGUGAUUUAGAGAGUCUAACUCUCGAUGGGAGUCUUGAAUCUGGGAACCUGACAGACUUCGUGACGAAAUUGCCACACUGUUCAUCCAGCAAAUUGCGUUAUUUGAGCUCAGAUAACAACAAUAUGGCAGGAAUGCUGCCAGACAUGGUGGGGCACUUCACCAGCUUGGAGGAACUUUCCCUUUAUAAUAACAGCAUUAGUGGAGCUAUACCAACUGGACUAGUGAAUUGUACUAGUUUGCAAUCAGUCGCUCUCGGUUUGAACCAACUAAGUGGCCAGAUACCAACAUUACCGAGAAACCUCACCGAAGUGGACUUAUCCAUGAACAGCUUGUCAGGACCUUUGCCAUCAGAUUUUGGAGCUCCAUAUCUUACAGGGCUAAGUCUAUCCUCCAAUUACAUCACUGGUCACGUUCCUAGACCUAUUUGUGAGUUGAAAAACCUAGUUUUCUUGGAUUUGUCCAAGAAUAGGUUUGUGGGAGAAUUUCCGAGGUGUUCUUCAAUGCCAAACUUGAACUUCCUACACUUGAGUAACAAUAACUUCUCCGGUAAUUUCCCGCCUAUGCUCCAAAAUUGCGCACAAUUGAUUUCCCUUGAUCUUGCAAUGAACGAGUUCGAUGGAGCAUUGCCUGUAUGGAUAGGAGACAUAGCGAACUUGCAGUUUCUACAGCUAAACCAAAACAUGUUCUAUGGGGAUAUUCCGGCUAACAUCACAAGUCUUGUACUACUUCAACAAUUCAGUUUAGCAAGCAAUAAUAUAUCCGGAUCAAUUCCGUCGUCCUUGUCAAAAUUAAUAGCUAUGACCCAGAAAUAUCUGCCGAGACAGGAUUCACCGUGGAUUGAAGACAAGGCAAAUAUUUUGUCUGUGGUGAUGAAGCAUCAAGAACUUAAGUUUAGAGGUGCUGCAGUUACUGACUUGGUCAGCAUUGAUUUGUCACUCAACCACUUAACCGGCGAAAUUCCAGAUGAGAUAACUUCUUUGAACGGACUGUUGAGUUUGAAUUUAUCACGGAAUCACCUGAGCCAUAAAAUCCCUGUGAAGAUUGGGGAUAUGAAAUCACUGGAAUCACUCGACUUGUCAAGGAACAAUAUCUCCGGUGAAAUCCCAACGAGCCUCUCAGAUUUAACAUACCUGAGCUCCUUGGACUUGUCAAACAACAAUCUUGCAGGAACAAUUCCAACAGGCAGUCAAUUAGACACUCUGUACGCAGAAGAUCCGUCCAUGUAUGAUGGCAACAGUCGCCUUUGCGGGCGUCCUCUUCACAGGAAUUGCUCAUGCAACAGUCCACCAGAGCAUGCGAAUCAGCAGAGAAGUGAAAAUUUUUAUGACCCAGUGAUGUUUUUCUACAUUGGGAUAACGUCUGGCUUUGUGGUCGGACUCUGGCUUGUGUUCUGUGCUUUCCUGUUCAAAAGGGCAUGGAGAUGUGCCUAUUUUCGCCUCUUCGAUGAGCUAUGUGACAAGGUGUACGUGUUUGCUGUUGUUACUUGGGGCCGAAUAAACACCAAGACGACUGCAAGUUGA